GCUCCUUACAAAUACGCCUUGACGGAGGGCUGGAUGAUUUCCCUCGUUGGCAUCCUUUACGUGGCGCCCUCCCCCAGCGCGCCAUGCUUUUUGCACACAACGUCGACAAAACAUGGAAUCGAGGCCUCGCAUUUGCUACACUUGAAGUCACGCCAACAGCUAAAGCCCACGAUUGGGAUCGACCAAGGCCCGCCAUGCCGGCACAGCCCGCGUCUAGGCCCCAGCCCUGCAGCAGCUGAGCCCAACCCCGGUAGGUGAAACGCCCGACCAUCGUGCUUCUCUGUGCGGCUGACAGCAGCUCGAGGCGGAGCAAUCCCACGUUCAGUCCUCAAAGCUUUGCCAAGCGGAUAUAUAGACAGAGACGAGCGCCCAUGAGGGUGACCCUGUACGGAGCCACUCAUCCACCACGCGCACUUCCACAAGAACCAGCAACAUGUCCCACGAAGUCGUCCAGGGCUUCAGCGUCCUCAACCGCGGCCUCCUCUACACGAGCCUCGUCCUGUCCCCCGCCCACUUCCUCUCGGGAUGGAGCAGCCACGGCACCACCAACCUAGGCUUCCUCGCCUACAACUGGUACAACCAGUUUGUCUGGUACUUCGCCAUCCAGGACCGCCAGCUCCACGCGCUCUCGCUGCUGCCCGUCCACUUCAACAUGAUCUACGCCUUCACCUACCUCGCCGGCGCGGCGGCGGGCAACCUACCAGCGGGCGUGCUGCUUGCCCUCGGCUCCGCGGGUGUCAUGGUCCUCAACACCGUCGCCGCGUGGAUCGCGUGGCGGGACUGCCAGACAGCCGGCUACGGGGAGUAUGAGUUCUUCUUCUUUGGGUGGCGGACGCUGUCGCCGGGCUGGCACAAGUUCACGUUGGUGUGGCAGAUCUUUGACACCAUGCUGAUCUUUGCCUGUGUCAUACUCGCCCUCAGUAUUCCGAUGUACAUGCACACCAUACGGCGCGAGCUGGCCGACAAAGGCGGCGAGCAUAAACCCAACUCGCUUCUCGCCGGCCUCAAGGCCAUCUCUAACUACAAGUAUCUCGCCAUCCCGGGCAGUGUGCUCAUGCUCGUCUUUGUCUGGCCGCUCAUCCUCUGGGUCGAGCUGAUCAUCCGUCGCAACGACAUUACGUCCCCGACAGACUGGGUCUCGGUCUGGCUCUUUGUAGCACAGGUUGGGUUGCUGGUGAUACCGAGCUUUGGGGGCUAUCUCCUGCGCAAGCCCUUGGGCUUCCUGCAUCGCGAGAAGAGCGUGGCUCCGGCCGCCCAGGCGUAGAGGGUUUGCUGUUUUGUAUGUUCCAUGGUUUUGACUGAGCGGGAGUUGUUGGCAUGAUUUCUAUAUUGUCUUUUGUUUACCUUACAAAUCAAACAGUCUAUAGUUGGAUUGGCUUGCGCCAAAGCUUUGUGAUCUGGAGACCCUCCUUCUUGACCACCACCCCCUCCACUCAGUAACCCUCCUUUCGGUUCACCCUGUUGACCAGGUCAGCGCCCUGGCUGAGAUUCGUCAGGUUCUGUCGCAGCACGCCCAAGACACGCUCCGCCAACUUGGACGACAUGCCGCUGAUGUGCGGCGUGAUGAUCACGUUCUUGGCACUCCACAAG